UUUAACAAUGGCAUUUUGACAUCUCUCUCCUUCCUUCCUCUGUCUCAUUCACCAUCCCUCUCUCAUUCAGCUUUUCUCGCAAUUCCAGAAAACCCAAUAAACCCCUAAUCUCUCCUCUUUUCAAAGUUGAAACCUUUCACUGCCAAUCUCUCUCCAAUACUCUGUUCUUGGCUUCUCUCUAGAAGAGUACGGCAAAGUUAUCUUCUCGUAGGGUUUAUUGACCCUUAUUUUUUUGCCAAUUCGAUUCAGUAGACGUAAAGGUUCCCUUUUGGAUUCUCCGUGAUUCUCUCUCGAUCUCCUUUAGUCUAUUUGUAUCCUCAGAUUUUUGAAUUGAAUUAAUCAAUUGGAGGAAUCUGAGUAUUUGAUAGUAUUGGGGAACGCUAAAGAUUCGAACUUUGGCUGGAAUCUCAGGUUUUGCAGUGGUGUUAAAGCUCAAUUCUAUCGAAUUUCAAUUGGGCUUUGAUUGCGAAGAUGAUUGUGGAGGAAGUUAGUGAUGGUUCUGUGUGGAGUAGGGAAGAUGAUAUAGCCUUCGAGAGAGCUCUUGCGAGUUAUACAGAUGAAUCAGAGGAGAAGUGGGAGAAGAUUGCUGCAGAUGUUCCGGGGAAGAGUGUUGAGCAGAUUAAAGAACAUUACGAGCUUUUAGUUGAAGAUGUUGGGAGGAUUGAAUCUGGAUGUGUGCCACUUCCUGACUAUGGUUCUCCUGAGGGAUCUAGUGGUCAUGGUGGUGAUGAUGGAGGAAGCGGUAAGAAAGGAGGGAAUAGUCAUGCGGGUGAGUCUAACCAGGGGAGUAAAGCGAAGUCGGAACAAGAACGACGAAAGGGUAUUGCGUGGACAGAGGAUGAACACAGGCUAUUUCUUCUUGGUUUGGAUAAGUAUGGGAAAGGAGAUUGGCGUAGCAUUUCUCGUAACUUCGUGGUAACAAGAACACCGACCCAAGUCGCAAGCCACGCUCAGAAGUACUUCAUUCGUCUAAACUCAAUGAACAAAGAUAGAAGACGAUCAAGCAUUCACGACAUCACCAGUGUUGGCGAUGCAGAUGUCUCAACGCCACAAGGACCCAUCACUGGUCAGAACAACAACAACGGUUCUACUGCUGUUGCUGGUGGAGCAAACAAAUCAGCCAAGCAAGCCGCCUCUCAACCACCACCAGGACCUCCUCCUAUGUAUGGAACACCCACCAUAGGUCAACCAGUAACUGGACCGCUGGUCUCAGCAGUUGGCACGCCAGUGAGCCUCCCAGCUCCACCUCACUUGGCUUUUGGAGUCUCUGGUGCACCAAUGAACAUGGGUCAGAUGCCGUACACUACGCCGCGUACACCAACUGCUCAUAGGUAACAUUGAAAGAUUGUAGUAGUGUGCUCUACGGGUUUAGGUGUAAGAAAGAUGUGUAAAGGAUUUAGUGAAAUAUUCAAGCUUGUUCCUUUUGAGUGAGGUUUUUUUUAUUUAUUACUUUAGUUUGUUGGGUUUUUUACGAUGUUCCAAUAAUAGAUUAAGAUCAUCAAAUUUCUUUUUGUAUGUGAAAACAAUAAUGCUUAUGUGCCAAAGAUUUGAAGCAA